CCCUCCGAGUGCAGAGCACAGCUCACUCAAGCAACUCCGCAUCCAUAGCCAAGAUGAAAGUGUUUUUCGCCAUCGUCACUCUUUUGGCCAUAGCCCUGGCUGAAGACAUGGAGACGGCUGAGUCCUACCCAGUGGCCACUUACCAUCAGGGUCCAGCAGUCGCUGCCUCAUCUGCCGGUCACGCCUACGGAGCUCACGGUGCCCACAGCCGAGGAUACGGAGCCCACGGAGCCUCUCACUAUGGCGACCACGGACGCUACGCCGACAGGGCCCAUGCCGCCCACGGCCACCACAACAUCGGAGGUCACCGAGCCUACGACGCCCACGGAGCUCAGGGUUCCAACUAUGGAAGAUACAGGAAUGUCGGAGCUUACGCUCAAGAUAAGGGAACUGGUUACGAGAAAGCUUACGCUUACGACAAGAAUGCCGGCCACCACGCCAUCACCGCUGACCACGGAGCCCAGGCUUCUAACUACGGAGUUCGGGACAGAAGUGCGCAUCACAAUGUAGGAGCCUAUGGAGCCGCUGGACACGCCAGAUAUGGAGCUCAUGAUAGAUAUGGCGCCCAAGCUUACGGAGUCAACGCUCACGACAAUGGCGCUUACGGCCGAUAUGGAGCUGGAUACGCCCAGAUGGUCCACCACGCCCCUGCAACCUACCACAGCUACAGCGCCCCCGCCGCCCACUACAGCGCUCCUGCCGCUCACUACUAAAUUUUAGGGACAUUUUCUGAUGCUCAGGAAGUGAAUCGAUGCCAGAUCCCAGAAAAAUGCAUCACUCGAGUGAAUACUGAAGGAUCACUUAUUUAUUAUCUUCGUUUUUCGUUUCUGUGUAAUGUACUAGAAAACAAAUAAAAGAAUUUGCACGUCUA